CAUCUUCGCUGUGUCGAAGUAGCAGCGUUGUCUUUCGUCCACCUGGAAUGUCUGAGUUGAGGCUCAUUCUGCUCGGCAGCAGCUGGUCUGACAAGAGUUCAGUCGCAAACUUCUUACUAGAGAAAAAUGCUUUCAACAAAAAUGAAGAAUCAAACACCUCCAUCAAAGUGUCUGGAAUGAUUAAGACAACAAAAGCAGUUGUGAUAAACACCCCGGACCUGCUUCGCCAAAGCAUCUCUGAACCCAGACUCAGAGAACACGUAGAACAUUGUGUGGGUCUCUCAGCUCCAGGACCUCACGUGUUCCUGUUGGUGGUCGAGCAGAAUAUCAGUGACCAACAAAAGAAGAGGCUUUAUAGGAUUCUUGAUCUCUUCAGUAAUGACUCUUUUAAGCAUUCGCUGGUUCUGAUCUCGACACCUGGAUGGGAAACAUCAGGUUCAAAUUACCCGUUUCACCAGCGGCCUCUGCAGGACCUGAUCAGGAUGUGUGGAGACAACUCAAUCAGGCUGCAACAAGACCCUAACGAGCUGCUGUGGAACCUGAGUCACAUGUUAAGAAAUAACUGUGGGGACCAUGUUGUCUGUGGCGGUCCAAGCCUCAAACCCAUUAAAAGAGAUUCUUUACCUUUGGAUUCAUCUCAAGGACCUGAUGAUGUCAGAACCGAGCAGCACAGUAGCCUUGACUUCCUUCCUCCACAUUUCCCUCAGCAGACGCAGCCACCAGCCCUACCUGCUUUUACGGAAACUAAGGAUCCAGAGCCAAGUGGAGGAGUUAAAGCCAUUGUGUCAAGGAUGCAAGCCCGUCAGCAGCAGCAGCAGCAGCAGCAGCAGCCACAAGUCAAGGUUUAUUACCAGUUUAAAAUUAAACGAAAACCAAUCAGCAGCCAGAAACCCUUCAUGUCAAUGUGGGAAGCCCAGCAGCAGCAGCAGCACCAGCAGCAGCAGCAGCAGCCACCAGUCCAGGGUUCCUUCCAGCAGAACAAGACACCAGAACCAAUCAGCAGCAGGAAGCCUAUAUUGUCAAUGUGGGACGGUGGCUCCGUAGAGUAA